CUCUUACGCGAGGCGCGAUUCCUGCUGCUGGCCUUUCUUUACAUUCUACUACCUCUGGGCAGCCUGUUGGAUUCAGACAAAUUCGGGGGCAUUGCCAGGGCCGAGUGUUUCUCUCCUGUCUACCAUGGACGUCGCGCAUAUCACAAACGGCUCGAGCCAGCAGCAGCAACGGCAGCAACAGCAGCAGCCACAACAGCAGAAUUCCUUGCCGCCCCCUCUUCCUCAGCACAGUGGCUCGACUAUCAAUGCACCAUUGGAUCGACUUCCGAACCCGACUACGUCUAUGAGCUAUGUUCUUAACUCGCCAGUGUCGACAGCUCCCAGCAUCUCCUCAUUGUUGCAUCAGCAGCCAGAGCGCUUGAGCCCUCAAUCGCAAACUUCAUCCCAGCAACAGCCGCAGUCCGCAAAUAUGACUACAGCAAAAUCGAUCGGUGACCCUGCCCAGGAUACACAGCAUCAGCAAGGGUUUUAUGAGUUUAGUAGUUCACGAGAGGAGUUGAGCGAUCCAAAGCCUCCAGGGACUCGCAAACGCCGACGUAUCCCCGUCUCGUGCGCCGUCUGCCGCCAGCGCAAACUAAAGUGCAAUCGCAUGCAACCCUGUUCUGGAUGCGUCAGGCACGGUACCGUAGAUCUUUGUGUCUACGCCGUCAAACCAUGGAUCGCGCAAAAUCUACCAGGCGCAGUAGCAACAAUAUCACCUUCCUCAUCGUCGUCCUCUCCCUCCUCUGUUCCUGCUACUCAUCUUCCGGAUAAUUAUGGCUACUCGGCAGCCAUCCCUGGCACGCAAACAUUUUCAAUGACCCGAUCUCCUGGGAAAACAUCACAACGGCCAUUGACUGAUAGUCCGAUGCACCAACAGAAUCAGCAGCAUUUGUCUGAACGGCUUCCGGGAUUACAAAGAUCACCGCAGCCGGGGUCUGUUGCGUUGCCGAGCUAUUCCAACUCUCAAGUCUCUCAUAUUUCGAAUCAGGAUAGUUAUAGGACGGCAAGUGCCGUACAGAGCAUUCAAGACGAAAUCGCGGGCGUUCAGAAAGCUACGAGUGGACUAUCAGGUGGAAUGGCUCCACUUCAAGAGUACAAUGAGCUCAAGAAUCGGAUGGAGCGUUUAGAGAGUAUGAUUCAGAGAUUUGGAGGCAGCGGCGGUCAACUUCUACCGGGAAACAAUAAUGAUCAUUCUAUCAAGCUUCCGCCUAUCCGUGACGAUCUACAGUCCUCAGCCUCUGAGGGGCCGGCGGUGAACUCGGAGAGCCCACGGACUGGCGCUACGGCAGGGACAGCGUCCCAGCCAUAUGUGUUCGCACCGGAGCCUCGAUUGCGGGCACAUGUUACGGUGAAGAAGAACCGAUUUUCAUUCCAUGGUCCCUUUACUGCUGUGACUGCAUGCAAGCACGAUGCUUAUCUAGCGAAGUAUAUGGCGUGCGAUGACAUGAAGAAAGCAAAGAGUCCCUUCAAGAAGAUGCUGAAAGAAAAGAAGCAUUCUGCUGGGAGGCCCGGGAAACAUGAACAGCUGGCGCCUGAGACUGAGGAAAUGAUCCGCGAAACCCUGGACACAAAUGCAGAUCUGGCAAAGAUGUUUCCAAGACUAGAACAUCGAGAUUUAUGCGAAUAUCUCAUUACUCGGUUCUUACAAACGAUCAACCUGGUAUUUCCGAUCGUACACCCGACCUCCUUCCGAGCGGCUAUGAUGAAGUACUGGGAACAAAAGUGGAAGUUUCAGAAUGGGACUGCAGCUAAGCCUGCUCCCACCGACACAACCUCCAAGGCUUAUGCGAUGGACAAAAAACUUCAUAAGCUCAACAAAUGUAGCUCGCAGCGCAAGGAGCAUAUGCGCGGAACGGCUCUCAUGGCGAUCUUGCUCAAGCUCGGACGGAUGGCUUGUGGACCGAACUGGACUCCGUCAAAGGCAGGAUUUGACGACAAAUAUGCGCCUCUGUUUGAGUAUCGUCUCAAGGACUUUGCGUGGAAGUGCUUGAAUGAGACUUCGUAUCUACAAAAAUCAGAUUUCGUCGCUCUGCAGGUGCUUCUUGGUAUCCGGGUUCAUAAUAUGCUGGCGAGUGAAGUUACAGAGGGGCCCGAUACUUGUGAUUCUGGCUCCUUCUCUGGAUUGCUUUGCCAAGUUGCAUUGACUAUGGGCCUACAUCGUGAUCCUGAUCAGUUCCCACAGGUUCCUCCUGAUCUUGCUGAUGCAUGGAGGAUAAUGUGGGCCGAGAUACUGUCAGUUGAUACUGAUCGAUCGCUAUGUAUAGCUGUUCCUUUUGCGAUAAGCACAGAGAUGUCAGAUACGCUGGUCGAUAAACUACGCCCGUUCCAGUUAGUUGCUACGGCUAGCGAGCAACCAUCUGUCCACUUCCUACACUGCAAAGUUCAGUUCAACAUGCUCGCGCGAAGUAUAUUAUCGCGCCUUCUGCUGCCUGAUUUGGAGCUCCAAAAGACGGAGUUUGAUCAGCACAUGGCAUGGUUGUCGGCAUUUGAAGAGAAGAAUCUCAGCUCGUUUCAGCUACUUGUUGAGAUGAUCAAUGCUGAUACAGAUCCUGCUGUAUCAGGCCCACAAGAUUCAUAUGAUUUGACCCAGAAGUAUAUUCUGCAGUUGCAAUUCUUGCGUCUGCAAUUAUCGCUUCUACGAAGCUAUGCUCCAAAAGAUGAAGCAGAGCAAAGAAGGGUCUUUAUAGAUCGGCUGAGAUGCGCUGAGAAGCUUCUUGAUACAAUCGUGACAUGCACUCGUCGGCCGCAGUUGUUUUCAGGAUUCAUGCCGCUGAUUAUUCCUCUGUCGCUGCGACAUUUUCCAGCACAUUUGAUUACUAUUUACAUUGGGAUUUUACGACAAAUUGGAGAGCAGCCAGCUUCGGUUGCAGGACUGCAAGGUAUAGUUACGGAUGAGAACUGGCGGACGCCGGAUAUGGCGUUUAAAUAUGACGAUCGAACGGUUUGUGACAUCAAGAGACUGUAUCAGACCGCUAGCAAGAUUUGCAGCUGGAUUGAGUCCGAGAGUGAGACCAACUACUCUGCGCUACGGAUGUUUCCGUUGGCAAGGACAUAUCUGGAAGCGUGCAAGGACGCGAUCAGCAAAGGAGGCUCGUCAGCUUCAGUGUCUUCAAACCAAGAAGCGUCAAAUGAGAUGCCGUUGACCGAAAGUCCAAAUGCGGGUCUGACUGACGACACCGGAUCGCUGGUGUCGCCAAAGGAGGGACAAGACUGGGCCGACGCGCUGACUACGUUGGGACUCGAUCCGGCAGAGGACACGGUCUCGUUGAUGGGUGACGGAGCGAUUGGAGAGUGGUGGCAUGACUGGAGCGUUGCGGUCGAGGAUGCAUUGUUUGACGAUAUGGAUAUCGAACAUAUGCCGAUAGGAGCUGGAGUUGUAUGAGACAUGUAGUAGGAGUUCAUGAUAUGCGUUCUGAACAAAUAGUUAGGAGUUCAUUGUGUUUCCGAGUGCAGUAGAGUCCGAGUAGGGUUUUUACAAUAUUACACAAUAUGGCCCACGAUACCCUAAACCGCAAGAUGGAGGGGGAUGCUUGUAACUUUAAUUUAGGCUAUUUCUACCGACGAGGUCAACGCAGGCGAAAUCUAAAGCAGUUCGGGAUUCUAUCUGCCGUGAGAAAUGUUUCUAUAGAGAGAUAGCGUAGAAAAGUCAAUUGGUGAAGAUGUGAAAGUCUACGUUACUGAUGCGAGCUUUUUGUCAAAAAAAG